AUGGAAACAGGUACAGCAUCUCUUAGACACUACUCCACAGGGACGAUUGUGAAGCCACACAAGUUUGAGAUCCACUAUGAGUCCUCGUAUCUACCAAACAGACCGGUGCACGCUCGACUACACCAGUACGACUAUGACAAAUACACCUUUGAUGACACACUGAGCAGCGCAGCCUGUGAUAUGAUGCCUUUCUAUGGGCUUGAAGAGGUUGAAGAGCUGGAUGCCCAUGAGUGCGACGGCAGUGGAGUUGAUCCUCUAGAGAGACCGUCGAUUCUGAGGAGCAGCAGCAUGCCUCUGUUGAAGCACAACAGAACGUUGUCGUUGGAUUCAGCCAGGGAUCAGAAGGCCACGAGUGCAAGCGUUGAGAGUCCCCUGGAGAAGGGUGUUCAGCUGCGUAAGGAUGAUACCCCAAACUAUACCGUGAACAGUUCGAGGAAGAACUCAUUGGUUAGUAACUGUACGCACUCGAGAGAGUCAUCUGUGUGUCUAGACGAAGCCAGCUGCUGGAGACAUCAUCACAGAAGAGGCAGCGUUGCUAUUAAGUUUGAAGAGAAGAAAGUGUUGCAAUGA